UUAUCUCUCAUCCACACACACUACUAAAAAAAAUGGUGAAUCUAUUAACUAGUGUCUUUCUUUUUUGCCUCUCACUGCAAUGUUUUGUUGCUUCUUUCGCAGCGAAUACAAAAAACAUCACCACAGAUGAAUCUGCUCUUUUAGCCUUCAAAUCCCUCAUUACUUCAGACCCCUCUAAUAAGUUAUCUAAUAAUUGGUCAACCUCGUCUUCAAUAUGCAAUUGGGUUGGUGUAACUUGUCAUGAAAAACACAAUAGAGUCCACAGUUUGAGACUUGAAAACAUGGGUCUUAGAGGCACCCUUUCCCCAAACCUAGGAAAUCUGUCUUUCCUUGUUAUACUUGACCUCUCCGAUAAUAGUUUGAGUGGUCCGUUUCCUAAAGAAAUAUGCAGGUUGCGCAGAUUAAAGUAUCUUGAUUUCUCCUAUAACGAGUUUGUUGGAGAAAUACCUGCAGCAGUGGGGGACUUAUCGCAACUUCAAUAUUUGUAUAUUGGCUCUAACAAUUUUAGUGGCUCUAUCCCCAACGGUAUCGGUAAUCUUAGUCAGUUGAAAAACUGGAGUGCUUCUCACAACAGGCUGUCUGGAGUCAUACCGGAAACAAUUUCAAAUCUGUCUUCACUUGAAUAUAUCAGUUUAGCUUUCAAUUACUUUUCAGGUAAAAUGCCUAAUUUUUGGCAUCAAUGUGAAGAGUUGAAAAUAUUAUAUCUACAAUACAAUAGUUUCAACAAAGGGCCCAUACCAGGUGGCAUCCGAAACAUCACCAAACUUCGAGAUUUAUGUCUUUCUGGAAACAACUUGGAAGGUCAAAUUCCAUCUCUUAACAUGACUUUUUUGAAGAAGGUCAGAAUGGACCAAAACAAUUUAAAUGGAAGUCUACCAGAUAAUUUUUUCAAUCAGCUUCCUCAACUUGAAACAUUUACAGUAUACUUCAACAGUUUAGAAGGAAACAUUCCACGAUCAAUUGGCAAUUGCACAUCGCUGAAAUUCUUAGCUUUCGCAAUGAAUUUUUUCACAGGUCCAAUACCUGAGGAGAUUGGCCAUCUUGAUCAAUUUGAGUUUUUAGAAUUGGCAAACAAUAGCUUAAGUGGAACUAUCCCACCCAAACUUUUCAACAUGUCAUCACUCACACACUUGCAUCUUGAACUAAAUCAUUUCUCAGGCCUAAUUCCAUCAAACAAGGGAUACAGCCUUCCUAGCCUGCAAGAACUACACUUGAAUAUUAACAAUUUUGUUGGAAAUAUUCCUGCCAGUAUAUUUAACGCUUCUAACCUCGUUCAAUUUCAGUUGAGUUACAAUAAAUUCAGUGGAAGUUUUCCCGAUAUUGCUUUUGGAAAUUUAAGGUCCCUCCAAGCUUUUCUCAUACAUAACAAUGGCUUAACAAUAGGUGAUCCUUCUCAAUUCUUUAAUUCCCUGAAAAGUUGUAGAAAUUUGUUAUAUUUAGAUCUAUCAGGGAAUCAUAUUCAAUCCAAUCUUCCUAGGUCAAUUGGAAACAUAUCUUCACAAUACUUUCAGGCAGAUUCUUGUGGAAUUUAUGGUAAUAUUCCACUAGAAGUCGGAAACAUGAGCAACUUGCUAUAUUUUUCUGUAGAAAAGAAUAAUAUAAGUGGACCAAUACCUGGAACAUUCAAAGGGUUACUGAAACUUCAAGUAUUGAAUCUUGGCAACAAUGGAAUACAAGGUUCAUUUAAUGAGGAGCUUUGUGAAAUGAAGAGUUUGAGUGAGUUGUAUCUAGAUAUUAAUAGCCUUUCUGGUUCUUUACCAACAUGUUUGGGAAAUAUGACUUUUCUUAAAAAGUUAGACAUUGGUUUUAACAAUUUGAACUCUAAGAUUCCUUCUUCUCUUUGGAGUCUCACAGAUAUCUUAGAGAUAAAUUUGACCUCUAAUGCUUUCAUUGGUAAUCUUCCACCUGAGAUUGGGAAUUUGAGAGCAAUUUUACUGUUAGAUCUAUCAAGAAAUCAAAUUUCAAGCAACAUUCCUUCAACCAUCAGUGUCAUAAAAACUUUGCAGAGUCUUUCCUUAGCACAUAACAAACUAUAUGGGUCAAUUCCCACAUCACUGGGUGACAUGUUAAGCUUGAUCUCCUUGGACUUGUCCCAAAACUUGUUAACUGGUGCUAUUCCAAACAGUUUAACAUCACUAUUGUAUCUUCAAAAUAUCAACUUUUCAUACAAUGGAUUACAAGGAGAGAUUCCUGAUGGUGGACCUUUCAAGAAUUUCACAGCUCAGUCAUUUAUGCAUAAUGAAGCACUCUGCGGAAAUCCUCGCCUACAAGUACCUCCAUGUCGUAGACAAGUUAAGAAAAGAUCAUUGGCCAAGAAGUUAUUACUUAAAUGCAUGGUUCCCAUAGUUGUGUCAAUCACUUUGAUUGUUGCAUGCAUAAUACUUUUGAAAGUUAAUAAAAGAAAGAAGGUUGAAAAUACUCUUGAGAAAGGUUUAUCAACUUUAGGAGCUCAAAGAAGAAUUUCUUAUUAUGAACUUGUGCAAGCAACAAAUGGAUUCAAUGAGGGUAAUUUACUUGGAAGGGGUGGCUUUGGCUCUGUGUAUCAGGGCAAGCUUCCUGAUGGUGAGAUGAUUGCAGUUAAAGUAAUUGAUUUACAGUCCGAGGAAAAAUCAAGAACCUUUGAUGCAGAAUGCAAUUCAAUGAGAAAUCUGCGACAUCGAAAUCUGGUUAAGAUAAUAAGCAGUUGUUCAAAUCUUGAUUUCAAGUCAUUGGUGAUGGAGUUCAUGUCAAAUGGAAGUGUGGACAAAUGGUUGUAUUCAGAUAAUUAUUAUUUGACUUUCUUGCAAAGGUUAAAUAUAAUGAUAGAUGUUGCAUCUGCAUUGGAAUAUCUCCAUCAUGGUUCUCCAAUACCAGUGGUUCAUUGUGAUCUAAAGCCUACAAAUGUGUUGCUGGAUGAAGAUAUGGUUGCACAUGUUAGUGAUUUUGGUAUUGCGAAGCUCAUGGAUGAAGGACAAUCUAAAACUCAUACACAGACUUUGGCUACUAUUGGAUACCUUGCACCAGAGUAUGGAUCAAAGGGGAUUAUAUCUGUAAAGGGAGAUGUGUACAGCUAUGGAAUUAUGCUAAUGGAAGUCUUUACAAGAAGAAAACCAACAGAUGACAUGUUUGUUGGAGAUCUAAGUUUGAAAACAUGGAUCAGUGGAUCAUUACCUAAUUCUAUUAUGGAGGUCUUGGAUUCUAAUUUAAUCCAACAUAAUAGAGAACAAAUUGAUAAAAAUUUGACACACAUCUCGUCUAUUUUUCGUUUAUCCUUGAAUUGUUGUGAAUAUUCACCUGAAGAAAGAAUUAAUAUGGUAGAUGUUAAGGCGUCCUUGAUCAGAAUCAAGACUUUGAUUUUUGGUAGAAAGACAGUCUAAUUUUUUUUUUCUUUUUUAAUGUUUGUAUCAUAUGUUUUCACUAUUGUUUUUUGAAUACAUAUUUUCUCCUUAUGGUUUGUGCUUUCAAUUUUUUAUAUUGUUGUUGAACUAGAUUGAGGUAUACCCUACAUAUUCUUAAUAUAUAUCAUUUUGCUUUAGAAAGA